UCCUGAGGCCGAAUUCCCCUCUCUGCCCCAGAUCCUGCGACUCCCCACCCUCCACCACAGGAAAAGCCUCUAUAAUUUCACAUUGCUAUCCCUGCACAGCGGAGGAUGCAGCUUGGGGAAGCUAGGCAGGGAACGUGGCUGCUCAUCACCUGAUGCUUUGCAGCCUGAGACCUGAUUGGUGGAGAAGGGCUGUAUUUUUUUUCUCCUCCAUGCUGCUUUGAUUUUUUUUUCCUCCUCUUCUUUAGGGUGUCUGCUGUUUCCUAGCGCUUGCAAGAAUCUGAGUAGCAGCGAUAGCAGCCGGAGGCAGAGGAGGAGCAUUAGCCCAGAAGGAGGCAGGGGACUGCAUGGGAAGCAGCAGCACCUAGCUGGAGAGACUGCUUUUGCAGCCAAGUUUUUGUGAACCAGAAACCUCACCCCAGCUGUGUGUCUGACACACAUUUAAUACACAAGGCAGCCACACUAACUUCUUCGCGUCAGAGGUUCCCUGUGGAGAGAGGAGCCAGGCGGGUUGGACCAUGGAGCUGCUCUCCACCCCCCGCAGCAUCGAGAUCAACAACAUCACAUGUGACUCGUUCCGGAUCUCCUGGGCCAUGGACGGGGGAGACCUGGAGCGAGUCACCCACUACUUCAUCGACCUCAACAAGAAGGAGAACAAGAACUCCAACAAAUUCAAACACAGGGAUGUGCCCACCAAGCUGGUCGCCAAGGCAGUCCCACUGCCCAUGACUGUGAGGGGCCACUGGUUCCUGAGCCCCAGGACAGAGUACAGCGUGGCAGUGCAGACAGCGGUGAAGCAGAGUGAUGGGGAGUACCUGGUGUCCGGCUGGAGCGAGACCGUGGAGUUCUGCACAGGGGACUAUGCCAAGGAGCACCUGGCCCAGCUGCAGGAGAAGGCUGAGCUCAUUGCAGGCAGGAUGCUCAGAUUCUCUGUCUUCUAUAGGAACCAGCACAAGGAAUAUUUCCAGCAUGUCAGGAUGCAUUGUGGGAACAUGAUGAAGCCCUCCCUGAAGGACAACAGCGGGAGCCAUGGCUCACCCACCAGCGGCAUGCUGCACGGGAUCUUCUUCAGCUGCAACACCGAGUUCAACACAGGCCAGCCCCCCCAGGACUCACCCUACGGCCGCUACCGCUUCCAGAUCCCCGCCCAGCGCCUCUUCAGCCCCAACACCAACCUCUACUUUGCGGACUUCUACUGCAUGUACACCGCCUACCACUACGUCGUCCUGGUGCUGGCCCCCAAGGGCUCCCCGGGAGACCACUUCUGCCGGGAGCGCCUGCCCCAGCUGGACAUUUCCUGCAACAAGUUCCUGACCUGCUGCACAGAAGACGGCGAGCUGGUCUAUCACCAUGCCCAGGACAUCAUCCUGGAGGUCAUAUACACUGAGCCCGUCGACCUCAGCGUGGGUGUACUGGGAGAGAUCAGUGGCCACCAACUCAUGAGCCUCUCCACUGCUGAUGCCAAAAAGGACCCCAGCUGCAAGACGUGCAAUAUCAGCGUGGGGCGCUAGUGACUUGAGGGGGGAGCUGGAGGGGAUGCGUGUGUGGGGAGGCAUGCAUGAGGCAGGACUGGACUAACCUGAGGCUCUCUGCAAUGGACGUGGUCUGGGAUGGGGCCAGGGGUGGAAACCGGGAUGGGAGUUGUGGCUGGAGAGAGCGUGGACUGUGGAUUUCCAAUCUCGCUGUCCAAUGUAAAUAUGGACUUGACAGGAUCCCGGCCCUAGUGGGAGAGGACCUCCGAUACCACUCAGAUGGGAUCUUGGCCUCCGUUGACUCCUGCAGACAAACCUCUGUCAGUUUGGGAAGGGAAACACCUGAGCUGGCUGCUAAUCUGAUUCACGCCAAGGUGGAAAGACCCGCCCCCUUCCGCACUUGCCCCACUGGGGAGUGUGAGCGCCAUCCCCCUCGGAACCAAGCUGCCCAUUCAUUGCCAUUUUCAAGUUGGAAAGAACAGGAGCUUUGGGUUAAUUUGGAAAGAUUGUCACCAGGGGAACCCGGAGCUCUUCCAUCUCUGAUAUGAGCUCCCCUUCUCCUAGGUCUGCCCCUUCAGCCCUCCCUCACCCUGUCAAUUCACUGAGCCCCUCCCUUUCCGCUACUCCCCCGAACCCUGCCCUUUGCUCAGUGCUCAGUCAACUCCUACCUUGCCCAGGUGGGCUAGAUCUUCACCUACCACCUGGUUCCCACCUGGGGCGCCCUGAAGGGUCUGUCACACUGCAGCUGGGAGCCAGCCUCCUAACCCAGGAGAUAGAUUUGCACGGGGGGGGGGCUUGUGAGCCCAGCAUGCACUUAGCCACCUAGCCCAGGUGUGGGUCCUAGCCGAGAUGGCCAGCUGCGAAACUAGAGCCUGCUGUUUCCUCCUGGUUGGGAGACUCAGUUACGGGGGGCUUGGCAGGCUCAGGAAAGUGCAUACAGCUACCCCACCCUCAGCUCCCUCCAUCUCGGCUGUCUCAGCCCCAGGUUGUCAUGGAGCUUCUUGCUUCACAGCUUUUAUUUACCUGGUUAAGCGCCCUGUGGGAUGGGCGAGCGGCCCCAUUGCAGGUCCUGACAGGCCCCGUGGCACUCCUGGGGUGUGUUGGAAUUCCUGGGGGUGGCUGCAGCGUGAAUGUACCUGCUCCCCUGUCUCAGCUGGAGCCUAGCCCUGCCCAUGAGCCCCCACCCCGGCUUGGUGGGGAGAGGAAUGCAGUCUUCCUGCUUGCAACUUGAGUCAGGUCCUGGAGUGACCUGCCAGCUUCUGGGGUGAGGAGCAAUUUCUGCCUUUCUUCCUUUUGUCCCCCUUGCCCACUCCCACCUCCAAGCAUGGCUCUCCCCUGGCCUCCCGCCACUGGGCACCAUGGAACCAGGCUGAUCAGAGUGCUGGGUCUCCUUGUUGCUACCAUGUCCCUCGGGCAUGAUCUGCCUGCCAUGCUACGGCUGCUGAUGUGUUGCCCCAAGAGGGGUCUUGAGGGCUGAGUUUUUCUCCAGGUGAUGGGAGAAAAGAGGCUUGGCUAGAUCCCAAGGCAUUCACAGCAGAGCCCCAUCCUUGCUUCAACCUAACUUGCCCAUCACUUGAGGCAGCCUGAGCCUAGCAGAACUUCCUUAAGCUCCUGCCCCAGGCCCACCCUGCUCUCCACACCAGCCACCUCCUCCCAAGGCUGGGCCUCUCUCCCUCCUCUUUAUAAUAGUGCUGGGCUUUCUGUGCUGUGUGAAAACUUUAGCUUUCCAGGGGAGUCUGCUGGCAUCCAGUCCGCCCGAACGUGUGGCGUGAGGCGCCCGUCAGCCUUCUAGCCGUGCCUGCGAGCUGCCCUUGGCCCCGAGACAGGACAGGAUGUGGGGGCAUCUCCUAAGUUGGAAGAGAGAUGCAGAGUCUACCCUUUCACCACAGCCCGCUGCAGUUUGGGGCCAGGGCCUGAAGGACAGAGGCAACAGGGAUGUUCUGUGUGGAGAGGUUUUUCGGCAUCUGGAAAUCAGAUAAGACCCACGGAGGAGCUUGUGGGCAUCCAAAGCAGCAGGUCCAAACAAAUGAACUGAGGACUCUGGUACCAACAGCUGGAAGAUGUUCAGCGUCCCCGAGCUCUGAUUGCCAUCCCCUUCACCAGCAGGGGGUUUGAACCCUGGAACCGUCAGCUUUCAAAGCCUGAGCUGCUACUGUGUGAGUUAAAGGAGCACGUCCCCCUGCGAGCAGCAGAAGUAGUAGAUUCACAAACAGAUUUCAUGUAGACCAGCCACUAGCAGCAGAUAAAGAUCCUAUAGGCGCCUGGUGAGCAGUCAUAUUCUAUACCCGGCAUGUCCCCGGCUGCCCAGAGAAACAGAGCAGGGCGUUUAUUAUCAAGCAGUCCCCCUUAAAGGGAGAGGGAAAUUUCCAGCCCUGGCCAUUGCUCCGGGAAGGGAGGCCCGGCUCUGGUGAGCACAGUAGUGUUUUCAUUCUUAGUGGCGUUUGGGGUGCUUGAGCAUCCAGCUGUGCAGUGUUUGCUGUGUGCCCUCGCUGUGUUGGGCUGUUAGUGCUGCAGCCGGGAAGCGAUAAGGACCUUGGCUUUUUUUACACUAGCUUUUGAUUGCCCCUCGUACCGCAAAAUCCAGCCAUGCCAACUG